AUUUCGUGCUUCAUGUCGCAGUGGAUGAGAUCCAAAACGGCGUCAUUCGUGAGGCGGCUGUCGUGAGGGCUUACACCAACACAGUGCAGUUCAUCAGUCAGGAACUGUUGUUUUAAAAUCCAGCAACCAUUCAAGCAACAAUGAAUAUUAUGUCCAAAAAGAAGAAGUACAAGUUCCAGGUGGACCUUGAAGUGGAGGAGCUGACGGCAGUGCCAUUUGUUAGUGCCGUACUCUUCUGCAAAGUGCAUCUACUGGAUGGUGGGAAGUUCAUGGAUCACUCUACCAGGGAGGAGGUGCACGACCACAUGGUCAAGUGGAACGCGCGGAUGUCGUUCACGGCCAAGAUGACGGCGCCCUGCAGCACGGGAGUGCUCGACUCGUGCGUCUGCCGGGUCUCCGUCAGAAAGGAGGCCAAGGGCGGUCGCUCGUACCAGAAGCUCGGUUUCGCCGACAUCGACCUGGCUGAGUUUGCCGGCGGCGUGGGCCAGUGUCGGCGCUACCUGCUGCAGGGGUACGACCUGCGACACCGGCAAGACAAUAGCAUGCUGAAGGUGGUGCUGUCGACCACGCUGCUCAGUGGCGACCCAUGCUUCAGGACGCUAACUCCGCGAUCAGCUCAUCACCUACCCGGCGAGGCGGGUGACCUAGCAUCAGAAGCAUCCACCCCGGGGGAGGCGGGCCGCGCGCCACCGUCCGACCAGGCCAGAGGUGACGGAGCGGGCAUUGUGACCGAUCUGGAGACUACCUCGGAGGCUGGCCUGCCGGGCCACUCACGGAACUCGAGCAGCCAGUCGGGGUACGGAAGCCUGGCCUCGCAGCCUUCCCAUAGCCGGCAGAGCAGCGGCUCCGAGCUGGGACACCUCAGGAACGCCAGUAGCGGCUCGGCAUUCUCCGACUACAACUCGAUGGAGCGGCCGGCGACCAGCGAGCGGCGCAAGAAAGAGGCGGCGGCCAGCUGCCGGUUCGACGCGACCCGGGUCAACCCAGAGGACGUCAUUAACGACCUGCUACAGAACACCGACCUCAACUCGGACCACGCAGAAGCGUCAUCCGGCCUGCAGCUGUUCGUGGCGCGGGACGGCAGCACCACGCUCAGCUAGGGACGCCGGUGCCGCCCGCUCUCAGAGCCCAUCUAGUCGUGUACGGCGCGCCGGCCGGCCGUGGCCAGUGAGGAGACAGGGGCAGCUGCGGCUCCGCCCGGUGGUGGGUGGGCGAGGACGGGUCGGUGAUCGUCCUUACCAUCGCCGGGAUGGAGUCGAACCGCCAGCGAGAUGCCGCGAGCUCGGGAAGACACGCCGGGCCGCUCAUCGUAGUAUAUUGGCAUAUAUCAUCACAAGAUCACACAUCAUAUCGGGUCCAGCCUGACGCACGUCAUACAUCUUGGCGUCCUGGACAAAGCGUCACUCGCGUGCUCGCGCGAUGGCGGUGACGUGAAAGAGCGUCACACCUUUCCCGGCGGACGCUCGGCGCGCGUCUCGCAAUCCUGCCCCGUCUUCGAGACGAUAGUUUUCCAUUUUGCUGCUCUUGUCUACGCUAUUUUAUCCAUUUAUCAAUGGCAUUUGUCCGUGCUUAGUGUGCCUGCGAGGCCUGUGUACAGAUUCGAGGCAUUUACACGCAUUACGGUGGGGCCAUCGGUGCACGCGCCCGACGCAUCGUCUAGCGCCUGCCAUCAGUGGUCACUGUCGCUUCCGAAUGUCAACUCCGUGCCAAAGACGGUGAGUAUGCAGUGUACGCGGAUUGCGCCGCUUCGUGCCGACUGUCUCGUCGUACCGUCUCGCCCCCAAUUGUUGUGUAUAUGUUGCAGGCACUUUAGAAAAUCAGUCAUUUUGUAAAAUGCCUAGGCAUUUUACAAAAAGACGGCUGUUUGAAAAAUGGCUGAACGCAACCAGGCUUUUUUCAAAAUGGCUAGCCAUUUUACAAAAUGACUAGGCAUUUUGCAAAAUGCCUGACCAGCAUGGAACGUAGAUCCCACUACAGAUACUAUGGCUGACAGUUUUUGGACGUCUUCCUAUACCCUAUAGGUAUGUGUUCAGCCUGUAGCUGAUCGAUUUGAUGCUCUGUGAUGACGACAAUGCUGAGUAACGACCAGGUUGAGUUGCAGACUCGGCUGUAGCAUAAAGCAUUGUUUAGUUAACGCUGUAAAAACUCCCAAGUACAUCAACGCCGUUCAUGUUCUGCCUGAAACUAGACCUAACAAAACCAGCCGGAGACCGGCCCUAGUCAAUAGGCAGGCCCGGUUGGUGUACAAUUACAUGUAAACGAAUGAGUGUAGUCUUUGUUUGAUUGUGUCUUUGUUUGACAGCUUUGAGUACCUACUUGCAUGGUCUCAGUUAAAAAUAUCAAGCUCCACAUCGGGAGAAUCAUCAGGUCGCUUGGCGUAGGACAAGAGCGUUGGUUUCAGAAGACACUAACGCCUAAGUGUGUGGGAUCGAAUCCUCGCGACCUCUAAUGGUUUUACAGAUACAGGCCGGCAUAGGGCCAGUCGUUUGUUGACGCUCCAGAUUAGAGCACUUCAUGGGCCGGAUAAAUCCGUUAUCCACGGAUAAAUCCGCGGACCGGAUAGGAUUGGAUUCUAAAUUUGUUAAAAAAGAACGGAUAUAGGCGGGCCGGAUUUGGGAAUUGAAGGUUGAACCCGGAUCAAAACGGAUCAAAAUUUUAACAUUAAAAAAAAUUAACAAAAUUUUAACAAUUUUAACAUAACCUUGUUUACCAAUGUGGUGAUUUUCAUGUGGUUUUAGGUUUAUAAGCAUGGUUUUUGGAACCAUGAUGGUCUGUGAGAUGUAUGGCUGUCUGGUCCCUUAGAUUGAAUUUGUUAGUCCAGUUUUGGGUGAAACCAGUUAUUGGUGAAACGGAUUGUUACGGAUAUUUUUUGGAAGUUUGGCUGCAAUACGGGCCAUGGGUGGGCCGGAUUCUGAUAUUCAAAGAAAGGCGGAUAAUGGGCGGAUCUGGAUAUGACUUGCCGGAUAUGGGCCGGGCCGGAUCCUAAAAAGCCUAUCCGUGAAGUGCUCUACUCCAGAUCGAUCAUUUUAAAUCCAGCAGCGUCGCUGACGUGGGGGUUGGAAAUGUCGCGGGCCUGCACUUCUCAAAAUAGAGAGAGGUAGGUAUGGACUUCCCACUGCUGGACUCCUCUGGUCAUAAUGCUGGACUCCUCGGUCCACCUACACGCUACCAAAACGUAUAUAAUUAGGUACUCGUAUCUACAACACGCUGCUCAGUCAUUUUGUAAAAUGGCUAGGUAUUUUGUAAAAUGCCUAGGCAUUUUGCAAAAUGACUGGAGAGUCAGUCAUUUUGUAAAAUGCCUAGGCUUUUUGCAAAAAGCCUGGAAAAUCAGGCAUUUUGCAAAAUGCCUAGGCAUUUUACAAAAUGACUGAUUUUCUAAAGUGCCUGCAACAUAUAUAUCACACAUGUCGCGUGCUGCCGUACAAUAUACUCGCACGCGCGACAGA